AUGGCUCAGCGGCAGCCUCUGCCGGACUGGAGCUCGAUGCCGAGGGAUCUCCUCCAGUCCAUCGGGAGGCGUCUCGCGUCCGGCCACGACGCAGCGUCCUUCCGGUCCGCGUGCUCGCCGUGGCGCGCCGCCGUGCCGUUCGCGACCUUCGGGCCGCUCCUGCUGCUCCCGUUGGACCCCGACUCGGGCACCGUCAGCUUCUACUGCGUCUCGGAGGAGAAGGCCUUCUCCCUGACGCUCCCCGACGCGCGCGGCAAGGUGCCGUGCGGCUCGUCCUGCGGAUGGCUGGCGCUGAUGGACGAGGCGGCGUCCGUGACGCUGCUGAAUCCCUUCACCGGCGCCCGCGUCGACCUCCCGCCGGCGGACGAACAUGUCGCGGCGGCGAGCUCAUGGGAACGCGUGUCCAAGGUCCGCGGCCGGUGGUUCCUCCGUUCCGGCAACGCGCUUGCAGCCAACGCCAUCAAGCUGGAAGAGAUGAGGGGCGUCUUCUUCCACGAGAUCGUGCUCUCCGCGCCGCCUGACGCCGGCCGCGAGUGCGUGGCCGUGGCCGUGCUCGCGUCCUCCACGGAGGUCGCGUUCUGCCGGGCCGGGGUGGACAGCGCGUGGACGCUGCUCGACACCAAGCUGGAAUGCUCCGUGGCCUCCAUCGUCCACUGCCAAGACAAGUUCCUGGCUAUCGACGUCACUGGAGAAAUCUCAAUCUUCAGCAGCAACGGCGCCGCCGAUGCAACUCCAACCGCAACGCCGUUGCCAUCGCUGUCACCACCUGCUGGGCUCUGCCACCGCAGCUACCUGGAAUCAGACGGUGAGCUGCACAUGGUCGGCGCCAUGGUGAGCACGUUCCAUGAGACGCAGGAGUUCGCCUACAGAAGCAUGAUCUACAAGUGCAACCUCCUUGACCGUGCGCCGGAGUGGACCAGGGUGAAGGACGUCGGUGAUCUGACACUGUUCGUGUCCAAGAAUUUCAGUGAAAGCUUCAGCGGAACAAGUGUGUCCAAGUACAAGAAGAACAUCAUCUACUUCUCGGAGCCGUUGUAUGGGGAUCCAUUCGACUUGGCCCAUCGAUUGGAGAUCGCUGAUGUUGCUGCCAGUGCAUCGAAAGUGAUGAAGCCUUUCAGCGAAAAGAUGCUUGGCUCUGAAGCUCUGGGUUGGAUUCGACCUAAUCUCUGGAAGGGAGGUGCGAUUCGAAAGCACGAGGAAAAAUCACAAGCAGAAGCAGCUCCCAAAGUGACAGACGCGCCUGAACCUGUAGCAGAAGUCAACGCCCGUGCUGUUAAGUUCAAUACUUGA